GACCGAACAACUGACAUCAUUGAGCUGAAAAUAACCCGGAACAAUACUAAAAGGGAAAUUCCAGUGCCAAACUCACCGCACAAACUGUAGAACCGAAUUUAUAUCACUCUGUUCUGAAAUCGGCAUGGGUAGGCUUAAUUUACUGACACUGGUGGCAUUCUCCGCAUACCUGAUCAAUGGGGUCUUGGCGUAUAAUUGCCCAAGUGACUAUCCUUUUCCCAGUUGCCCGCGUCCCAACGUGACGUCAGACGAGGAAACAGACACAGUAUGCUGCUACACCACUGAUAGCGGAUACCACUGCUGCGACGAGUCCUUAGCAAUAUGGGCCAUAGUCGUCAUCGUAAUCGCCUGCUUACUAGCUGUUGCUCUCAUCUGUGGUAUAUGCGCAUGUUGCUGUGGCUUCUGCGCAUGCAUGGGUAACUAUUGCCAACGGUCAAAUUACCAAUCGGUCUAGAGAGAUGACAUCACACAGCUGGAGCUGUGGUACAAACGACAGAGGGCGCACCGUCAAGGACCAACGAUAUAACAUCGAAAGUAUAUAUUGUAUUUAGAAAGUAAACUUUUUCAGACAGCAUAGAUGAAUAUUUCAAAAUGUUGAAAUUUGUAAAUAAGUAAAUUAUAUAUAAUUUUUUUUUACCAAA